GAAUUUAAAAGAAAAAAAUGUAAAACUCUAAAACAAAAAAUCCAAAAUACCAGUAUAUAAUAUCACAUCAUUCAAACAAUUAAACCUCUUAUGUUUACGAGGUUUUAUGCGUUGCCACACCUGUACAACUCCUCCUCCAUGCACAUCAGUUUGGUUUCGAUUUCACAGAAACAACCUUCAUUCCUUCUAUUCGCAACAAGACUCUUCUCAACUCAACAAGAUGUGUAUUUCGCCAACCUCAACAUCACAGCACUCUCACGCGCCGGUAACAUCACCGCCGCACGCCAACUGUUCGACAAAACGUCCCAAAAAGAUAUUGUCACAUAUAACUCCAUGCUCACCGCAUACUGGCAAAACGGCUUUCUACAACACUCCAAAUCACUCUUCAAUUCAAUCCCAAUCAAAAACAUUGUCUCAUGGAACUCCAUUAUAACCGCUUGCAUUCAAAACGAUAACAUCAACGAUGCGUUUAGUUACUUUACAGCAAUGCCGGAGAAAAAUGUUGCUUCGUACAAUGCUAUGAUGUCGGGUUUUGUUAAAAUGGGACGUGUGGAGGAAGCAAAGAAGGUGUUUGAAGAAAUCCCGCGUCCAAAUGUGGUUUCGUACACUGUGAUGAUUGAUGGGUAUAUGAAGAUGGAAGGUGGGAGUGGGAUUAAGCGGGCAAGGGCACUUUUUGAUGCAAUGCCGAGUAGGAAUGAGGUUUCGUGGACGGUGAUGAUUAGUGGUUUAGUUGAGAAUGGUUUGCAUGAGGAAGCGUGGGAAGUAUUUGUGAGAAUGCCGCAGAAGAAUGUUGUCGCUUUUACUGCUAUGAUUACUGGGUUUUGUAAACAAGGGAAGAUUGAUGAAGCUUGGAACUUGUUUCAACAAAUUAGGUGCAAAGACCGCGCUUGUUGGAAUAUAAUGAUAACUGGUUUUGCCCAGAAUGGAAGAGGGGAAGAGGCACUAAAUUUAUUUUCACAAAUGGUCAGGACUGGCAUGCAGCCUGAUGACUUGACUUUUGUGUCACUUUUUACUGCCUGUGCUAGUCUUGCGUUACUUGACGAAGGACGACAAACAAAUGCUCUUGCUAUUAAGCAUGGCUUGAAUUCAGAUUUGUCUGUGAGUAAUGCCUUGGUUACUAUGUACAGCAAAUGUGGUGAAAUUGUCAUCUCUGAGUUAGCCUUCGAUCAAAUCUCUCAUCCGGACAUUGUUUCAUGGAAUACAAUCAUUGCUGCAUUUGCACAGCAUGGUCUAUAUGACAGAGCCCGCUACUACUUUGACCAUAUGGUAACAGCCGGUGUUACACCUGAUGGCAUUACUUUCCUGAAUUUGCUAUCUGCCUGUUGUCGUGCUGGGAAGGUUGAUGAGACAGUGAAUCUUUUUGACCUGAUGGUCCAUAAAUAUGGUAUUCUGCCAAGGUCUGAACACUAUUCUUGUGUUGUUGAUGUUAUGAGUCGAGCAGGUCAAUUGCUGAGAGCUUGCAAAGUAAUCCAAGAGAUGCCAUUUGAGGCAGAUGCCAGCAUCUGGGGUGCUUUUCUUGUUGGCUGUAAUAUUCAUUCAAACGUGAAAUUGGGGGAACUGGCUGCUAGGAGCAUUUUGAAUCUGGAUCCUUAUAAUUCUGGUGCUUAUGUGAUGAUGUCUAACAUAUACGCUGCUGCUGGCAAGUGGAAGGAUGUCAAUAGGAUGAGAGUUCUGAUGAAAGAGCAAGGAAUUAAGAAACAAACAGCUUAUAGUUGGAUGCAGAUUGGAAACAAACUCCAAUGUUUUGUUGGAGGAGAUCCAUCACAUCCAAAUAUUGAUGAUAUUCAUGAUGCUUCAAUGAUGAUUACAUUACAUAUGAAGGCGAAGGGUAACUCUGAAGAAGAGGCUAUAAGUUAGUUUAAGCAAACUGUUUUGACUAGUGUCAAUACAAAUUUUAUUGAUAGUCAGGGUGAAGCAAUUGUGUUAAACUUUUUGGCGCGACACUUCAUGCCAAAUUAGCUCUAACCCUGAAGAUUAAAAGCGGGGAAUAUAAAAAUUCAAGCCAAUUGUUCUAUUCAAUAAUAAGAGGCAAGGAAAAUGUUAAGUGUUGAUGCUUUAUAUGAGGGAUGUAUGCAUGUUAGGAGCUGGAGGGCCAGGGCCCCUAACUUUCUGUAGUCGUGAUUUGUUGGACUUAAUGCAGUUGCAAAGUUGACACUGAUAUACAAGGGAUGAAAAUUUGAGAGAUGCAUCUGAAGGGUUUAAAUUUUUCCUGAAUAGCGCAGCUUCACUGUGAUCAAAUAUUUUGAAGCACAUUCGAGACAUAUUGGUUUGUUGGAUGAUACUCUUAUUCUUAUCAUUCGUAUGCUAGUGACUUUAAAGGAUUAGUUAUCUUCUUACUUAUGGGAUAACUUAGUCGUUGGUUUGACGUUAAAAUGUUGGCCGAGGAUAUUCCAAUCUAGACAUGGAGGUAAAAAUUGAAUUUGUAGCAUCCACAAAUGCAGUAAAUGAAGAGUAAACAAUGCUUUAUUAGUGGAAAAGCUUGGCUCUGUUUGUCCCUGCGUGUGGGGCAAGGUAAGGGUGAUGAAGGAGUGUGUUGUGUGGGGCUUGGCAUGGAGGAGGUUCCCUUAGUCCAUUGAAGUAUAUAAAAAAGGAUACGGUGCAUUCACAAGUUGAAGGAUUUUGGCACAUUUGCUUUCUAAACUAGAUUAACGAUCAUUUUUAUUUGGUCAUUUUCCUAUAUAUCAAUCCUUAAAGCAUAACUAUAUAUGCAUUUUGGAAUCAGCAAAAAUAUCGUUUAAUACGAAUGAAACCAUUGCUA